CCCAGAGUCCAGCCAAGCCGCCCACCCACGCCGGCCCCCUCUCUUCUCAGAUACAACGUGGAUUCCAGAACCAAUCUCUCCAAGCCGAAGGAUUUCCUGGGACAAGCGUUCCUGGCGCUAGGAGAGGUGAUUGGAGGCCAGGGAAGCCGCGUGGAGCGACCCCUCACGGGUGUGCCGGGCAAGAAGUGUGGGACCAUCCUGCUGACCGCGGAGGAGCUCAGCAACUGUCGGGACAUUGCCACCAUGCAGCUGUGUGCAAACAAGCUGGACAAGAAGGACUUCUUCGGAAAGUCAGACCCCUUCCUCGUGUUCUACAGGAGCAAUGAGGAUGGAACGUUCACCAUCUGCCACAAGACCGAGGUUGUGAAGAACACGCUGAACCCCGUGUGGCAGCCCUUCAGCAUCCCUGUGAGGGCGCUGUGCAAUGGAGACUACGACAGAACUGUGAAGAUUGACGUGUAUGACUGGGACCGAGAUGGAAGCCACGACUUCAUUGGUGAGUUCACCACCAGCUACCGGGAGCUGAGCAAGGCCCAGAACCAGUUUACAGUCUACGAGGUACUGAACCCACGGAAGAAGUGCAAGAAGAAGAAAUACUUGAACUCGGGAACCGUGACGUUGCUGUCCUUCUCAGUGGACUCUGAAUUCACUUUUGUCGACUACAUCAAGGGAGGGACACAGCUGAACUUCACGGUAGCAAUUGACUUCACAGCUUCCAACGGGAACCCUCUGCAGCCCACGUCCCUGCACUACGUGAGCCCCUACCAGCUCAGCGCCUAUGCCAUGGCCCUCAAGGCGGUGGGGGAGAUCAUCCAGGACUACGACAGCGACAAGCUCUUCCCAGCCUAUGGCUUCGGGGCCAAGCUGCCCCCCGAGGGCCGGGUCUCCCACCAGUUUCCCCUGAACAACAACGAUGAGGACCCCAACUGCGCGGGCAUCGAGGGGGUGCUGGAGAGCUACUUCCAGAGCCUGCGCACCGUGCAGCUCUAUGGGCCCACCUUCUUCGCGCCCGUCAUCAACCAGGUGGCCAGGGCCGCAGCCAAGAUCUCUGAUGGCUCCCAGUACUAUGUUCUGCUCAUCAUCACGGACGGGGUAAUCUCUGAUAUGACACAGACCAAAGAAGCCAUCGUCAGCGCCUCCUCCCUGCCCAUGUCCAUCAUCAUAGUCGGUGUGGGACCUGCCAUGUUCGAGGCAAUGGAAGAGCUGGACGGCGACGAUGUGCGUGUGUCCUCCCGGGGGCGCUUCGCAGAGCGGGACAUCGUCCAGUUUGUCCCAUUCCGAGACUACGUGGACCGCUCAGGGAACCAGGUUCUGAGCAUGGCCCGACUGGCUAAGGAUGUGCUGGCUGAGAUCCCAGAGCAGCUGCUGUCCUACAUGCGCACCAGGGACAUCCAGCCCCGGCCCUCACCCCCAGCCAACCCCAGCCCUACCCCAGCUCCAGAACAGCCCUGAGCAGUCCACAUAUCCACACCCGGCCCUCUGAAAGCCAGAAGCACCUGGGGCCCUGGGCCUCGGGCAUCAAUGCCGGCAGGUGUGCCCUCUGCCCCUUGCUGCAGCAGUGCCUCCCUGCUCUCAUACCAAUAAUAAAG